GUAGAAACUGUAGCCUUUUGCAGGAAAUGGAUGUCAUCCAGAAACAGAAUGAAAACUGUUACUGCUAUGUGCAAAACAGAACCAUUCACUUACAGUACAUUUGGUCGACUCUUCAGGUAAAAGUUAACAGCAGAGAAAUGUUCAGGUUUGAGCCUAUUUUAGAAAAAAGCAACUGUCGUAAUUCAGAAACUGUUUUUGAGUUUGCUGCAUGUGUUGUUCAAAUCUUCUGGAAACCAGAGACAUCUACAGAAACUUUCAUAAGCAUAAAACAAUAUGGAGAGGAUAUUUGUUUCAAAAUACAGCCCUUCAAAACUGAACCGUACACUGUGAGUGUGAAACGAGAAAUGCUAGAUGGAAAACUCUUGUUUUUGUUUGUAGCUGGAAUUUUUCUGUUCCAUUUUGCAAACAGCCUGAGCAGGAGUGCCAAGUUCUUUUACCUUUCUGGAAUAAUACUGGGUGUUCUUGCUCUGCUAGUCUUUGUCCUGUUGACACUUAAAAGGUUUAUUCCAAGGCACAGUACCUUCUGGAUCUUAAUGAGUGGCUGCUGGAUGUCCUCUCUCUAUUUUAUUUACUGCUUCAAAGAGAAUAUGCAGUGGUUGUGGUCCGAACACAGAAACUACUUGUUGGGGUAUUUUCUGGCUGUUGGAAUUACCAGCUUUGCCACUUGCUAUCAGCAUGGACCGCUUACCACUGAACUGAGCAUAACCUUGUUCACGUGGACGCUACAAUUAACAGCCUUUGUCUUGAUUUACUGUGGUGUCACCGUACCUCAAGUUGCGUAUGCAGUAAUAGCAGUCAGUCUCUGCUCAAAAGGCGUGGGUUACCCCCUUGGUGCUGCUUGUCACAUAGGCAGAAAAAUGAAGAACCACUUUAAAUCAAAAAAAUUAGUGUUUAAAUGCCUUACUGAAGAGGAAUAUCAAGAACAAGGUGAAACAGAAACUAUGAGAGCUCUGGAGGAGCUACGCUCAUUCUGCAGGAACCCUGACUUCCCAUCAUGGUUAGCUGUAUCUAAACUCCAGUCCCCACAUAGGUUUGCAGGUUUUAUUCUGGGAUCUCCCCAUGUCUCACCUGCAGAAACAAAGGCACAUGAUCAGGAAUACGGCAUUGGGAGCUUCUUCCUGGAAGAGCAGCUCUUCGAGACAAGGGCAGAAUCUCAGCAAGAUGAUCCAGCCAAUUCCAUCCAUGAAGAAGAUGAGGAGGAUGAAGAUGAAAUGCAUGAACAAAUUUCAUUUCCAUAUGCUACUGAGUUGCUCUGAGCUUUGGGAGAUAACCCAAAAAAAGGGGAGAGGGAAAACACAUUCGUCCUAGAAAGGAAGGAUACAGACCGAGAACUCACACUUGGUGAUUUCUUGUGGGUGCUGGUGGACGAACAAGGGUUUUUGAAAAAACUGUUUCCUGUAUUACUGAUGUUGC